AUGUCUUUAUCACCACACCCUAUGCGUUAUCUUUCGGGUUUGAGAAAAGAAUACGCCAUCCUCUCACAUACCUGGGGGCAUAGCGACGACGAGGUUACGUACCAGGACCUACAAAACGACACGACCAGAAACAAAAAAGGUUACAAUAAGCUUAUAUUCUGCGGAAACCAAGCUUUGAAGGAUGGACUGCAAUACUUUUGGGUCGACACAUGCUGCAUCAACAAGCAUAGCAGCGCCGAGCUCUCAGAAGCAAUCAAUUCGAUGUUUCGAUGGUACCAAAGAGCUAAUAGAUGCUACGUGUAUCUAUCAGACAGCAGAUGGUUUACACGUUGUUGGAGAUUUCAGGAGCUCCUAGCGCCGGAAUCUGUUGAGUUCUUCUCCUCGAACCAUCAAUGGCUAGGAAACAAACAACAGCUUCAUGAGGAGAUCAUUGAUGUCACUGGAAUUCCUGCAAGGGUCCUUCGUCGCCCACGCGUUAUCUCAGAAUUUGAUGCUAAACAACGCAUGGACUGGGCUCGUAAUCGUAAAGCCAAACGCGAAGAAGAUUAUGCAUAUUCGCUCUUAGGGAUUUGCAAUGUUCAUAUGCCACUAAUAUAUGGUGAAGGGCAUAAGCAAGCGUUUAAGAGACUGCAUAAGGCAAUUAGAGAACGGGAAGAAGAUGAAUCCGAUCAUCCUUAA